AUGACUGACACGACUGACGCUGAAACUAAACCAGUCGCUGAAUCUUCUAAGAAAGUUGAAGAGGAUGAAGUAGUUCCUUCACAAGAAAUUCAUUUUGAGCCACUUGUUAAAUUGGACGAGGUUGAAGUUAAAACAUUAGAAGAAGACGAAGACGUUCUUUUUAAAAUAUUUGAUAAAUUAUUGAAAGAAUGGAAAGAACGUGGUACUGGAGACGUACGUUUUCUUCAACAUAAACAAACUAAAAAAGUUCGUCUAGUAAUGCGUCGUGAUAAGACAUAUAAAGUAUGUGCAAAUCAUUAUAUCACUCCUGAAAUGCAACUUUCUCCAAAUGUUGGAUCAGAUCGUUCAUGGGUGUGGAAUGUUACAGCAGACGUUUCUGAUGGUGAACCAAAAGUAGAAACAUUGGCCAUUAGAUUUGCUAAUACCGAAAAUGCAACUAUCUUCAAAAAUGAAUUUAUCAAAGUUCAAAGAGCAAAUGCUGGAUUAAAGUCAGAAAAUGAAGCAGAAUUGCCUUCUCAUGAAUCAUAUGCUAACAUGAGUAUGUCAAAAACUAUUGAAUGGCAGUAUAUUGCCAAAACUGAUGAUGAUUAUGAUGACAAUUUAACUGAUCUUUCUCCACAAAUGGAUGAAGAAUAUGGUAGUUGGUAUGGAAAAAUUGGUAGAUGA